AUGCAGUGCUGUGAGCCUGCAGUGAACGACGAAGCCUGGCAGAAAUUCGAGGAAAAGGAUGCAGUCAAUAUCCCAGGGGAGACCACGCCGAUCGAGACCGUGCCUGCGGAUCCCGACGAAGCUCCUGCAGAGGCACAGCCGGACUUGAAAGUGGCCGCGGUGGCACUUGAGGAUGAGGAAGCGCCUCCGAUUGCAGAGGAGGAAGCAGCCGAACCCGUGAAGGCCAAGCCAACCAAAGCUUCCCUCUGCAAGCUAUUCUCACAGAUGGAUACGGUGGAGGCCAUGGUCUUGAUCGUGGGCACGCUAUGUGCAAUGGCCCACGGUGUCGCGCAACCGCUCAUGAUUGUCAUCUUUGGCGAUCUCAUCGAUGCACUUGGCGGAACUCCUGAAGAGGUCCAGCGUGAGACAGAACGGCUGUCUUUGAUUAUGUGUGCUGUUGGUGGCGGAGCUUUGGUGGCAGCGACACUUCAGGGGGCAUGCUUCAAGAUCUUCUCUGACUCGCAGACCAUGAAGUUCCGGAUCAUGUAUUUCCAGGACAUCCUGCACCAGGAUGUUGGCUGGUUCGAUACCAAGGAAGUCUCGGCAUUGUCGGCUGAGAUCCAGGACGACCUGUCCAAGAUCCAAGAUGCCUUCGGUGACAAGUUUGGCAACGGUGUGAUGGCUUUGUCGGCCUUCCUUGGAGGUUUUGUUUGCGCCUUUGGCCUCGGCUGGCUGCUUGCACUCAUCCUCUCCGCAGUGCUGCCGUUCAUGGCCCUGGGAACAUACUUCGUCGGACAGGCUGUUGCCGAGGUGCAGAUGGAGUCUCAGGGCUGGUACGCCAAGGCUGCCAGCGUGGUGGAGGAGUGCCUGUACGGCAUGCGCACGGUGGUGGCCUUCGGAAGCGAGCAGAAGGAGCUUGAGAAGUUCUCCGUUGCGGUCGCUCAGACACGCAGGGGCGGCAUUCGGAAUGGUCUUCGGAUCGGCCUCGGCACGGGAUUCUCCUGGUUCGUGGAGUAUUCGAACUAUGCGCUGGCCUUCUUUGCGGGAAUGAACUUCGCCUACCACCGGGAGCUAAAUCCUGCCACUGGCGAGCCAUGGAGAACCGGCGACAUCAUGACCAUCUUCUUCUGCAUUUUCAUCGGCAGCUUCUUUAUGGGCCAGAUCGAUCCGAGCGUCAAGGCCAUGGGUUCCGCUCAAAUGGCUGCAUACCGCUUCUUCAAGGUUCAUGACAACAAGCCGGCCAUUCAGCGCCGGGACGCAGAUGAGAGGAAGGAGGUGUCUAGCAUCGAGACUUUUGCCUUCGAGCAAGUGCACUUCUCCUACCCCGCCCGACCGAGCGUCACAGUCCUCGGUGGAGUAACCUUGACCAUCAAUCGUGGCCAGAAGGUUGCCUUUGUGGGUGAGUCCGGAUCUGGGAAAAGCACGAUCAUGGCUCUACUGGAACGCUUUUACGACCCAAGCUCGGGGGUUGUCUAUGUGAACGGAUGGGAUAUGCGUACGUUCAAGAUCGGCGCCCUCCGGAAAUGCAUUGGCUAUGUUGGGCAGGAGCCGGUCCUCUUCUCACAGUCCAUCCGGGCAAACAUCAUGCAAGGGAACCCCGAAGCCUCGAAGGAGCAGUUUCAACAGGCAUGCGCAGAUGCCCAGCUGACGUUUGUGGAUUCUCUCCCGGAGAAGUACAACACGUUUGUGGGCGCAGGUGGCGGUCAGCUCUCGGGAGGCCAGAAGCAGCGGAUCGCACUCGCCAGGGCGUUGCUGAAGGAGGCCUCUUUCCUCUUCUUGGAUGAGGCGACCAGCGCCCUGGACAACACUUCCGAGAAGAUGAUCCAGCAGACGAUCGACAACAUCAGCAGCACGACCCGCAGCCUCGGAAUCGUGAGUAUCGCGCAUCGGCUCAGCACCAUCCGCAACUCCGACCUCAUCUACGUCCUAAGCCGAGGCCAGGUCGUAGAGCAGGGCAACCACCAAAGCCUCAUGGAGAAGAAGGGCGUCUACUACGCGCUUGUCGCGGCCCAGGAGUCUUCUCAAAAGGCGGAGGAAGCUGAGGAGCUCGAGCUGCCGAACCAGCCGACCGUGGCCGUUCUCCGGCAGAACACCGGCCAGAGCGAUGAGUCGGAGACGGCGCGGAAGGAGCGCAUGAAGAAGGAGGAAGAGGACAGGGAGAAGCAGAUCACCGAUAAGUACAAGGUGCCCAUGUCUCGACUCCUGAGCUACAACAAACCGGAGUGGGCCUUCUUCGUGCCGGCCAUUUUGGGUGCUUUGAUCGAGGGUUCGGCGACUCCCAUCUGCGCCUUGGCGCUGGUGGGAUCCAUGGAUGCUUUCUUCAGGCUGGAGUUCGCGACUGUGCGGGACGAGGCCCGUGAUGACAUCGUGUUCCUUUGCUUCGUUUUCCUUAUCAUCGCGGCCUCUGUGCAAAUCGGCAACAUCAUCGAGCAUGGCGGCUUUGCUGUCCUGGCCGAGUCCAUGACCGCGAGGCUGCGAGUGGAUAUCCUCAAAGCUAUCUUCCGCCAGGAGAUUGGUUUCCACGAUGAUCCCGAGAACACUCCGGGGAUGAUGUCCAAAGCCCUUGAGCUCUGGGCUUUCCGAGUGAGCACACUUUGCAAAUCUAUUGGCGCCAAGGCUGCGGCCAUGAGCUCCGUGCUCGUCGGCGUGAUCAUCGCCUUCGUCUACUGCUGGCAGAUGGCGUUGGUAAUGCUCGGUACCGUGCCCAUUAUGAUCGCCGCAAAUGCCGUGCAGAUGUUGGUCAUGCUCGGAGCCUCCAAGGUAGACAACGAGGGAAUCAAGCACGCCGCCCAGGUCGUCAGCGACUCUGUCAUGAAUGCUCGCACCGUCCAGGCCCUCGGCGUGGAACAGAGCCUGGUGCAGAUGUACACCUCACUGGUCGGCAAGUCCACGAAUGGCAUGUGGACCCGGAAUUUCCUUGCGGGUCUCGGCUUUGGCGUUGCUUCGGGCGUGAUGUUCUUCGUCAUCGCCGGGGGUUUCUACUAUGCCUCGGUCCUGAGGAGAGAAGGCGUGGCCAGCUUCAACGACACCAUGAUGGCCUUCAUGGGCAUCUUCUACGCAGGUCUGGGUGCCGGACAGGCUGCCGUGUUUAUGGGCGAUGCAGCAAAGGCGAAGGUAGCUUGCCACGACAUGUUCAAGCUGCUGGACCGUGUCUCCAAGAUCGAUGGCCUGGAACCCAAGGGCGAAAUUCCGAGCAAGCUGGAUGCCGGAACCAUCGAGUUCGAAGCCGUGAAGUUCUUUUACCCCUUCCGGCCAGAGGUCCAGGUUCUCAAGGGAGUGAACUUCAAGAUCCAGGCAGGUCAGUCUGUGGGCUUGGUCGGCCCUUCUGGUGGCGGCAAGAGCACGGUUAUGUCGCUGAUCCAGCGGUUCUACGACCCACAAGAGGGAGCCGUCUACGUUGGCGAGGCGCGGAAGCCCCUUCACGAGCUGAACAUCCGCUGGUGGCGUCGGCAGAUCGGCUUUGUCGGGCAGGAGCCUGUGCUGUUCAACACCACCGUGCGGAACAACAUCUUGUACGGCCUUGAAGAAGGUGAGACCGUGACGGAAGAGUACAUCAAGAAGUGUGAGGAAAUGUGCAACUUGAAGUUUCUUUACAAGUCCGGGAAUCGCGGCUUGGCGACAGAAGUCGGACCGCGAGGAGGACGGCUAUCUGGAGGCCAGAAACAGCGAGUGGCCAUCUGCCGCGCACUAAUCCGCAAUCCUGCCGUGAUGCUCCUGGAUGAGGCCACCAGUGCGCUGGACUCCCAGAGUGAACAGAUCGUGCAGAAAGCCCUGGAGGCAGCUCGUGACGGGCGCACGUCCUUCGCCAUCGCCCACCGACUUUCGACGAUCGCCGGCUGCGACGUCAUUCUGGUGAACGCUGAUGGUCGUGUUGUUGAGUCGGGCACACACGACGAGCUUAUGGCACACAAGGGAGUCUACUAUAAGCUGCAGAUGCAGUCAAGGAAGUAG